CCUAUUUUGCUGUUUAAAUUUUAACACGAUCCCGCCAACAGUGUGAAGACAUAACAAGUGGACGUGUUUACAAGUGAGGUCAAGGUAAGAGAAACGUCAUAACUUUCGUUCCAACAUGGCGCAGUGUAAGCAACAUGUUUUGAUAUGGGGUCAUAGUUUGAUUCGUCGUAUGGAUGAAUAUAUUUCGGACGAUCCAUCUCGCCUUAAUUUUGGGCUAAAGUCAGACUUUGUUUCUCUGGUUGGAUACCCUGGUGGCACUAUUGAUCGUCUUCUACAUCGUUUGAGGUACGACAUUUUUUCUCGCCGUCCCAAUGUAGUUUGCCUACAGAUAGGAGGAAACGAUCUGAGUUCCCCUGACAUGACCCCGACGAAACUCCUUGUCAAAUUCAUAACCCUGAUUGAUCUCUUAUCAGAUACGGAUUUUGUCAGCUUAGUGGUUGUAUGUGAGCUUUUUCCACGUGUUAAAACUCGGCAACACAGAGGGGAUGUUUCAGUUAAGGUGUACAAUACACGGGUAGUGGAGAUGAACUCUCUUUUGUCUAGGCACCUCGAGGCCCGGUCCCAUUGUAAAUUCUGGUGUCAUGGACGAAUGUCAAAUGUUGUUCAAUAUUAUGGGAAAGACGGGGUACAUUUUGAUAAUCAGCAUCCCUAUUACAAAUCACUUCGAGGUUGUGUUCUAUUUGGCAUGUCGCACGUUGAGUAAGUUUAGUAGUACGUUUUUGUCACCAUUUAUUUUGUCCUCCGGAUAUAUAGGAGUUACCUCCCUUCCCUUAAGUUAAGUUUCUUGUAAGCUAAUUCUAUUUAUAUAAAACCUAUGAAUUUGCAAUGAAUAUACAAUGUACAUAUGAUUGUUUUCAGCUCAGGGGUACACAGUUGACAUGUUAUAAACAUUACACUGCUUUAUUUUCAUUUUCAAUUUGCAUUAAUUUAUGACAUGUUAAGUCUAAAAAAACAAAAAAAACAACAACAAAAAACAAAAACAAAAACAAAAAACAGUUUGAUGUUUGUUUCUUUUGCCAUAUACUGUUUUUGACAGUGGGUAUAAGUUGCUGUGUUUACACCCGAUUGCUGUUUUUGCCAUCUUUGUAUGGCUGAAUUUGCCAUCUCGUAUGGUUUUUGCCCUCUCGUAUGGUUGCUGGCUUUAAACUAUAUUAUCUAAUCAUCAAUAGAUAUCAUAUGAGGCUGCAGAAAUAUAAUAUAUUAUGUUAAAUAAGGUCACAUCUAUUGGUUAAUUCAUAAUGCUUAAUAAUAUAAUUCUUUAAUACAUUAACUAUAUGUAUUGCAGCCCGAAUGCUUAUUUUAGAUCAUGCCAGCUUUCACACUUUUAUUUAAAUGGUUACAGUAAGGAUCAAUCUUAACAAGCUAUAUCAGCUAUAUCAAUUAACUUUAAUAAGCUUUGUCAGUUGACAUUUCUUAAACCAAUUAUAUAUUUGUCCUUGUUGACAGUUGAGCUUUCAAAACAAUGCCUCAAUGGCAUGAUACAGAUUAUAUUACUGUUUGUCAGUUAAAAAAUACCUAUCUUGUGUUUCGUAUGAUUCUGCUUUCUCAUUUUCUUUUCUUCUCAAGAUGCCUCCAAAGAGAAAGGCUGCGUUAGCUAAUCAGGCCAUACAAUCCACAACUAAGCGUAGUCGUGUCAAUAAUGAGCCCCUUCCGGAGCAGAGAUCCCACAGCGCUAGUUCUUCAAAUGCCCCUCUGUCACUUUCACCUGAUGAGAUUCAGAAGCUGGUCAGAGAAGCCUUUCAAAAAGGCAUUGAGGAAGGUAGGCAGGGUACCUCCUCAGUUGAUCCAGCCAAUUCACAGGUACUACCAUCAACAUGCCGUAGUGAUUCAGUGCAUACGGACAGUGACUCUACCAUUGAACUAAAACAACGUCGCUGGCCCUACACCGUCUACAACUGGAGUAUCAUCAGCUACAUCGACCCUGGCAACCCACACAGCAAUAAGUAGACAGGUUCAAAAACUUACAUCCGACUGCCUCCCUGGCUCCUACGCCGGUCCCAGUAUUGAUGGCCCAGGAAAAGUUACUUCUACCUUAGAAUCCCUUUUGGCAGCUUCCUUAGCACCAUCAACUCACCGGGUAUACUCACGGAUUUGGCAGAAUCUGGGUGAAUUCUCACUGAACAUUCUAAACUCAUCUUUGCCUAUCCCUGUUCCUGUAUCAGUUGUUGCUCUUUAUGUGGCACAUGCUCAUAAUUCUAAGCUGGCAGCAACAACCAUCAAUUCACAUAUGUCAGCAAUAGCAUAUAUACAUCACAUUCUAGGUUACCAAGAUCCCACCAAGGCUUUCAUUGUUCAGAAAGCAAUUCAGGGUUCAGCUCACAUUUCUCCAUCUUUUGAUAUUCGCCUCCCCAUCACAGAACAUAUUCUUAGUCAGCUUAUUCAAGCUCUGCAGGCUACUAUUAGCUUACCAGUAGAGAGAAUUUUAUAUAAGGCUGUUUUUAGCACAGCUUUUUAUAGUCUUGCUCGGCUCGGUGAACUCUUGCCCAAUCAGACUUCACAACACUCGCGUUUGUUACAAAUUGGGGAUAUUGCAUUUGACAAGCAGGGUAACCAAUUCUGCUUACUUGUAUGCUUUCGCCAUUUUAAACAUAACCAAAGUGGCAAGCCCCACACCGUUCCGGUAGCAAGUUGUGAAAAUAAGGAUGUAUGUCCUGUUAAUGCCAUGCUAGAAUACCUGAAAAUCAGAGGUCCCAAACCAGGUGUUUUGUUUCUUACUAGUCUUGGUGCCCCUUUACAAAGAAAAUGUUUUGAUGGUGUCACAAAGAGAUGUUUACAUGUCUGUGGUCUUGACAGCUCACGUUACAAGGGCCAUAGUUUCAGGAUAG